AUGGCUGAUCAACAAGAAGACCAGCCUCCACCCGACAUCUAUGGAGAAGAGGACUGGGCGGAGGGCGCCUGGUUUAGAGCGGGCCGCGACCCUGCGGAAGCGGGCAACGGCAGGCUUGUACUCAGGAUGAAGCACAAGUCAGAGACCGCACGCAGUACAACAGCUUGUGUUCAGAAUUGCUCUUGGUCUAGGCUCUCGCUAUCUAUGCAGGAUCAGACAAAGAAGGAACGCCAGCAUGCUCAUGGCUAUAUUGAGGCAAACGGCUGUGGCACAGAGUCUUGGAAAUGUAUCCUGGGUAGAAGGCGUACUACCCUCGAUGUGUUCAUCUUCUUGAAGAGCUCAGCGGGGUCCCGAGAGCUCACCAGCGGUCGUCAUCGUAGCGCUGAUCGUCCCGAUAUUCCUGAUCAUCCCUUCCUUGAUCAUAGCUAUCACGAAUAUCAUCACCGAAAUCCUCCACGCCUUGAACCCUACGCCCUGCCCACCCAGCGAAGACGGCCUACCUAG